CAGCGAACAGGCCGUCGGUAAGCUUCCGUUUUGACUCCUCCUACAGGAAAGGACUCGCGUUUUAUUCCGGAAAUUAACAAACUCGUGAUGUCAAGUGGCGAGCAGAAAGGGUUGAGUUGUUAAACGUAGGAAAAGACAGGCUUUUUCGGAUUAGAAUUAUUUCUGAACACAUUGGCAUCCGCUCACUGUGAACUAUAAUGGAAGCGAUGAAACGACGGAAGACAGAUAUGCUGCGCCGCUGCCAUAAAGUGAAGUAACUGUCAUCGACUACCUGCUCUAUUUUGCGUCCUAGUCCGGGAUUUCCUCGCCUUCAGCUAAUAUGACGCAGCAUGUUUUGGAGCAGGUGACAGAUUUCGGCGAUUUUACAAGAGGUAAAGAACUGAAAGACUUUUUAAAGCAGUCUUAUGCGAAACAUUCUUCAAAAAGCUGCUUGUCUAAUAUCCGCAUUAGUCCAGAUGGGCGACACAUCCACAUUAUCCAGCAAGCUCCGAGAACUGGUCUCAUGACCCAUGACAGAUACCAAAGAGCCCACCUAGUACAGUGCGAGGAACAUCUGGAUUUAGUUCUGACACGGAAUGUCUCCAUAGUAGACCUACUUUAUUUCAGACUAAACGACUCAGAGGAUGGAGUGCUUCUGCUUGGAAUAAUAUUUGAGAAUGGCAAAGCUGAAUUAUGGAAAUUCUCCGAGAAGAAAUGUGGAUGGAGCUUGCUUCAGACUGUGGAUCUCUGUAACAGCCCCAGAGCCAAAAUCGUUUCUGUGUGCCUCAGUCAGAAUUUCAUCAUAUGGUGUGAGCAGAGACCUCCUUCAGAGAGCUCUUCGGUCUCCAGUGCGGAUCGCCGUAACUUCACAUACUGCAUCUGUAAAAGGACUUUUGAUGUAGACGAACGAGGUAUCUCCUUGGGUGGAGUGAAAACUGCACUGCACAAUAAUCCUCAUUAUUCGCUUAUCAGUACUGGAGAUGUUGUAUAUUUGUUACCAAAUAUAAAGGAAGACUCUUGCACAAGUGUUACAAAAGUGUUUUUGUCCUGGUCCCCUCAGAAUGAUGUCUAUAAGGUCCACAGUGCCAGUUAUGGGACUGUCCUUAUCAAAAAUUCCAAUCCAAAUAAACAGUUUGACUUUAAGGGAUUGGUCACUGAUUGCAUCGGCUAUCUGUCCACCAUUACCCCGCCUGACAUCUAUGGUUUUAGUCCUAUUGGAUAUGGGGAUAUCCUGCUCCUCCUCAGCUCGGGGUGGAUUUGCAUUAUGCAAAGAGAUGGAGUUCUGCGGCAGAUUUAUAAACUGCCUGACAACUGCCUUACUACAUGCGGGACUCAAAACAGCCUAAACAUGUAUGACGAUGUCAUUGCACUAACAAUAGGCAGAAUGAUGUACCUAAUCGACAUUAAGUGUGGCGUGGAGUUGGAGAGGAUCCCUUUAAAAGGGGAGGGCCUCCUCUUUGUGAACUGUUUGGAUAGUUAUUCCCCACAGAUGUUCUCAGAGGCUGGGUUAUAUAAGGUAAUCCAGAAGGAGAUCGAAGCAAAAGCCAAACCAUCAAGUGCUCAUUUAGAGAAUAUUAACUUGGGUGCUGUCUUGGUUGAGGCUGUGUUUGAGGAGGCGUGUAAAUAUUACCAACAGAGAAGUCUUAGCAGCACACAGCUAACAGCUGAAAAACUCAAGAAGGGUGGGAUGUUUCAGGCACCUAUCGCAAUGGCAGACAUCAUCAGGGAUUACUUGGGCAACAGUAAGACAAAAACGACGAGGAAGGAUUCUUCAGGACAUGAGAAACUGUUAAGCUGUCUUGACUCUGAGCUGAAGAGUCUCAUUGCCCUGGAGGACAUUAAGGCAUCAGUGGUGAAAGCCUCAGAAAAACAUCUACAUAGUUAUUGUGAGACUCUGGUUCAGCAGGAACUCUGCAGACUUCUCAGCUCUGAAAUCGAUAGGGAAAACCUACAAUAUCUGAAUAGUAUGUUCCAACUAUUCCCUACCGAGACCUGGCAAGCCGUACAGGCUGUACUCCAACUCCGAUGCAACGGCGAGGGCUCUUUAUCUACCAAAGCUCCUGCUGAAUUAUGGAAGAUUGUUCUAAGCACUGUCCAAACAACACCUAAUUACUACAAUAGUAAGCAGAAAAACACCCCAGCCAAUGGUACGUUGCCAGUCUUCGAGUUGCUGUGUCAGUCCAUCUUUAAAUUCCAGCCCAGCUGGCUUCCCAGCUUUCUGGAGCUGGCACAGCAGCAGUCCAGCUCUUCAUCUACGUCUUCCUGGAAUUUUGGAAAGGAGAACUCUGAGAGCCUACCUUUAUAUAAACGGGCUCUUGCUGUCCUUCCCUGUAAAAGUGCCUGCCAAGACUUGGAGGUGGAGCUGCUUUUGUGUAGCCAGCGGCCUAAUGCAGUAAUGCAAGCUCUUCGCAUGCUCAUAGGACAAGGCCAGUGGGACCGUGUUACCCAGGUGGCCGAGAGGUACAGCCGUCAAAGCCCUCUUCUCAAUAAGGAGAUCUUCACCACACUGCUUAGUGAGGUGUCCCAGCACAGAGACCUGGACCCCUACCUGGACUUACUAUGGGCCCUUUGUCCAGAAGAUAUGACUGUUACUGGAAUUUUAAACCUAGUUCUUAAAAAUUUACCCUCGACUACAGAGUCCUAUGGCCCAUUUCAGGGAGAUUCGCACAGGAGUCAGCCCACCAUUGGGCUUCUGAAGCCUCUGCUGAGUAAAGUUCUCCAGCGGGAGACGAGAUCCAGCCAGAGGUAUGCAGACAUUCUCCAGUCCCCCACCCUCCCACCGCCUACGCCUCGACGUCAGGUCAUAGAGUUGGCUCGGGUCAACACUGAGCUGGACAUUGACCUAAAGGAGGAAACUCCAACUGGAUCGCCAGUCACCUCCGUCUGACAUUCCCAGACACAAAUCAGAUCAGUAUCGUCAUUGACUGUGGUUCUUUCACGAGCCAGACACUGCUGUCCUUAGUGUUAUUGCCGAUAACAGAUAUAGGAACCUUAAUGGGGCCUACAUUAAAGGCUUUUAAAUAUUGAUUGGUCUGUAGUGAACUGCAGAGUUUAAGUAUGGCCUAUUGUUAUUAUUUUUAAAAUGCCUUGUUUGGAGCAACAUUUUAGGUUUUUUCAUUUAAUGACAUGAUUCUUUGAUUUCAUAUGAAUGUGCCCUUAUUUAAGCUCCAUGGAACAUUAAUUGUGUUAAAGGGGCAUGCUCUUUUAUACUGACCUGACUCAUGGGUGUCAGUCACAUCAUAGUAUAUUUUAUAUCAAAUGUGUCCAACUGGUUACUUUUAUCGCAAAUAGAACAAACCUUGCCUUAUUCAAGGGUAAGGGUUGCAAAGGUGUGCUGUUGUAGCCCAGUAGAGCAGCUUGAGGUUCAGUCAUUACAGGAAAUAAUGGCGUGGCGCUGCACUGAGCCAUGCUAUCUGCUUCUGGAAGUGAAAAAUGUGAUUAUUGCUAUAACACUACAUAUGAUGUUAUCUAAAUGUGCAUACUAAUAAUUAGACUUAACUGUAGUCAGUAAUGUGGUGAACAUCUAAUAAUAUGUUAAUACAAAUGUAUAUAAAGUCACUAAAAACCUAUUUCUACAGACAGGUGACAAGUUAAAGGAUUAAACACUGGUUGUGUUUUUGUUACGUUUUGCCGGCAUGGUUCAUGUCUAUUGUCCCCUUUAUAUGUGCCAUUACAAAUCAAUACAAUCCUAUUCUGGCUGAUCACAUUUAUCCUAUGGUGAAUCAUUUCUAUCUUGAUGUGAGUGGUCUCCUCCAGCAUGAGGGCUCACUAAACGGUUUGAGUAUGAAAAUGAUUUAAAUCAUAUGUUAAUCCUUUGCAGUCACCGGAUUUAAACCCAGUUGAACACAAAUGGGAGAUUGUGGAGUUACGUUUACACUGCUCUCCACCACCAUCAUCAAAACACCAAUAUAUUUUGGAAGAAUGGUGUUCAUCCCUUCAGUACAGUUCCAAAUACUUGCAGAUUUUUUCCCUUUAAUUUAUCACCUGUCUGUGUAUUGAGUAAUAAGUUACUUGACAUGACCUUUCCAAUCAUGUAUACAAGUUUACCCUUAUCAAGAAAAUCCCAUUUAUGAACAUGAAAACCUUAUUUGUAUGCUCUUCAACUCCUCUUCGCCUGUUAAACCAGUGUUGCAUGGCCUGUAUUGCACAUUUGAACAUGAUUGCCUCUUACAUUUAAUGAUUCAGUAACAAUUGUUAAAAGCCAACUGAUGGUUGGUUCUUAAAUUAAUGCAGCAAAGGCUGACAUGUGACAUUUUCACAUUUUGCCCAGUCUGCAUAUUCUAGGAAAUUCCCCAUGAUAAAGCAUUUAACAAUUGCCUUGGUGAUAUAACUAUAUAGAUAUGCAAAAGCCAUGAAAAUGUGUUUUGCACUUUUGUUGGCAUGUUAAUAUAUGAACAAAUAACAGAAAAUAAUUAAGAAUUGUGUGUGUGUGUGUGUGUGUGUGUGUGUGUGUGUGUGUGUAUAUAUAUAUAUAUAUAGAGAGAGAGAGAGAGAGAGAGAUUCACACACACACACACACACACACACACACAUAUACAUACAUUACCAGUCAAAAGUUUGGAGACACUCGACUGAAAUGUUUCUCUUUGAUCUUUUGAUCUGAAGGUGUGUGAUUAAAUGUUUGAAAUCAGUGUUGCAGACAAAAAUAUAAUUGUGCCAAAAUAUUCAUUUCUUUCAUUAGAAAACUAACAUUUUAUUUACAUUUUUUUUUUUUUUUUAAUGGAUGACUUGGAGUGAAAUAUUCAGAAAAGCAGCCAAUAAGAAUCCAGCAUAGGUGGGAACUCCUUUAAUACUGUUUAAAAAGCAUCUCAGGGGAAUUCCUCAAGAAAUCGGUUGGAAAAAAUGCCAAGAAUACAUCUCUGGAAAUUCUAGGCAAAAAGGGGGUCUACUUUGAAGAUGCUAAAAUACUAAAUUAUUUUGGGGUUUUUUUUAUAACUACAUAAUUCCCAUAGUUCUAUUUGUGUUACUCCAGAGUAUUGAUGACUUUAUUAUUAUUCUAAAAUGUGGAAAAAUAAAAAUAAAGAAUGAGUGUGUCUAAACUUUUGACUGGUAGUUUGUAUAUAUAUAUAUAUAUAUAUAUAUAUAUAUAUAUAUAUAUAUAUAUAUAUAUAUAUAUAUAUAUAUACAAUAUAUAUACAAUAUAUACAAUAUAUGUAUGUAUGUAUGUAUAUAUAUAUAUAUGUAUGUAUGUAUGUGUGUGUGUGUGUGUAUAUAGAUAUAGAUAUAUACAUGUACAUACAAGGAGUCUCAUCUGUUGUUUCAAAGUUACUUCUUAAGUGAAUUUUUCAUUCUGCUCAAUAUCCAGAAGUAGUUACCAGUUCCUACAGGAUUUAGCAUUUACAUUACACCACAACCUAUUUAUCAACAUGAUAUAUCUUAUUUAUUGAUAAUUAAGUUAACUAGGAAUUUAGCAUGUAACCUCCAACAUAGACACUAGAUGCUGAUUUACAAACACAGACUCCGAGUUAGAGGUUCAGAGUCAGCAGCAGUCACAACCCUGCAUUAAAUUGAAUUUGAAGUAAAUUUUAUUAUGCACAGAAUGAGAGUGUCCUUUAAUUGAAGCAUGUUGCACAGACUUAUGUGGCUCUGUAUUGGUUCAGCACAGCUAAUCUCAUUUUGUGUUGCCUUUUUAGUCACACCUUAUUCCAUCCCAUGACCACAAACUAAUGCUUAACAUCAGUAUGUUAUUUAAUUGGAUGUAGUUUGAAUUUUUUUAAAGCUUUUGUUUGGUGUGGGAACAGAAAGCAUUUUCAUAAAACAGAAUAUUUAAAUAUAUCAGGACAAACAUCUUGAAAAUAGGAUUUCUUGGAAACUGGGAAUGUUUUCUAAUUUGGAGCACCUAUAUCUCUGUAUGUUUUAUACAAUUCUUUACUUUUUUAUUUUUGUAAAUUUGUGCAUCGUAUGUAUUAUUUACAUACUGUAUGACACAAUGAGCUUCAUGCACCAAAUGUAAAACUCUGUAAAGUACUGAUCAGUGAUAGAUGGAAAUAAAUGAUUCUCUUUUGGAGCCUGUA